CAAAGAAACUGUAAAUAAACUAAAAUAAUUUAUGGAAUAUGGCAAAUAAUAAGAGCAGAAAUAAGUAAACAAAGGAAUACCAGAAUCCCCUUGGUCUAGAGAAUCUCCACAAAAUAAAGAUGGAGGAGGAGGAAACAAAAGGAGAAGGGAUCAUACCACGAGUUAAUAAACUUACAGAGAUCGUGUUGGAGAAAAAUGAUUCAGAUUUUUUAUUAAAUCAGGAUGGAUUGAUUGAUGGCUUCAUUUCUCUGUAUGAAGAAUGCAGUCAGGAUUAUUUAUUUAGAAAUGCCAAUGCUACGUCUUUUGUCAGAAAAUAUAAAUCUACAAUAUCGAAGGUGAAAGAAUUACGUGUGAAAGCAUCAGAUUUUGUUGUCAAGGAUGUUGUUGGUCGUGGACAUUUUGGUGAGGUACAAGUCGUAGAGGAGAAGACAUCAGGAAUGGUUUAUGCUAUGAAAGUUUUAAGAAAAGCUGAUUUACUCUCACAGCCAGAUAUCUCUUUUUAUGAAGAAGAGAGAGAUAUAAUGGCACAGGCUUCUAGUCCAUGGAUAACCCAGCUACAUUACGCCUUCCAAGAUUCUACCAAUUUAUAUCUAGUCAUGGAUUUUCACCCAGGUGGUGAUCUACUUUCACUUUUAUCUAGACAUGAUGAUAUUUUAGAUGAGAAGAUGGCCAGAUUUUAUCUAGCUGAGAUGUCGGUUGCUAUAAAUACUUUACAUGAAAUGGGCUAUGUCCAUAGAGAUAUAAAACCAGAGAAUAUAUUAAUAGAUCAGACAGGUCACGUCAAGUUGGCAGAUUUUGGUUCGGCAGCUAAAAUGAAUGAAGAUAAACAGGUGUCAUCUCGAAUGCCAGUAGGAACACCAGAUUAUGUAGCACCUGAACUUUUGACCUCUAUGAAUCUAACUCGUGGAUCACGAGCGUAUGGUGUUGAAGUAGAUUGGUGGUCAUUGGGUGUUUGUGCGUACGAGAUGUUAUGUGGUAAAACACCGUUUACUGAUGAACAUGGCUCAAUGGUUACAACUUACAGUAAUAUUAUGAAUUUUACGACGAAUUUAAUGUUUCCUAAAGAUCCUGAAAUUAGUGAAUCAGCUCAGUCGUUGAUAAAACAACUUCUAACAUCUAGAAAUGAUAGAUUAACAUGGAAAGGCAUCCAGAUUCAUAAAUUCUUUAAUAAUAUUGAUAUUAUUAAUUUACGACAAGCUGAGCCAUUAUUUGUACCAACUGUAACCAGUCUAGAUGAUACGUCAAACUUUGAUGAAGUGGAGAAAAUACGCCAGCCAGUCAAUGUUGAAGAUUUGAAAACACAGCGAGAAUUUUCUGGCAAAGAUUUACCGUUUAUUGGUUUCACAUAUAUUAGAAAAGAGAAGGAAUGUCGAGAAACAGAUGCUAAAGUUGUUGAAACGGAACAGAAAAUAAUAGAAACUAAAUUAGGAACAGGAAAGAAUUGUAAAUGUAAGUGUAGAUCAAGAUCAAGAUCCAACUCCAGGUCGAUGUUAGCAAGUAGUGGCAGUCAUGCUGGGUUUAAAACACAGGUUCAUGCAAAACAAGGGGGAGGUAACUCUGGUGUAGAAGUUACCAUGACAGUAAAAAUAGCCGAGUUACAAUCCGUGAAAGAAAAAUGUCGUAAAUUGGAGAAAUCUGAGUGUGAAUUACAGGCUGAGAUUGAACGUUUAAAACUUUUAAAUAGAGAAAAGGAUGAGAAUCUGAUAAAAGCAGAAUCAGAGAAUAUUUCUUUGAUGAAAAAUUUAGACAUUUAUAUCCAGAAAACAACGGUGCUGAGUGAAGAAUUAACUAUAGAAUCAAAAGAGAGAGAAAAGUUGGAAUUUCAUACGGAGGAACUUUAUCAUCAGAUUAAAGAUCUUAGUUCUGAUGCUAAAAAUAUAGAACUUGAUCUACUGUGUGGUCAGAAUGAUGAACUACAAGAUUUGAUAAUACAGUUAGAAGCUGAACAAGCUAGUAUGGUGAAGCGUAUGGAACAGAGAGAACUAGAGAUUUCCAUGAAUAAAAGUUCCCUACAAGAAACACAGGAACAAGUCAGUCGUUUACAGAUGAAACUAAACAAGGAGAGGCGUAAAUCUCGUGAUGAUCAGAGAAGGGAUUUGGUCCUGAUGGAGAAUCGUGAAGAUACAUGGACACAUCAACUGGAUGAAAAACAGGCAACAAUUGAUUCACUCAAUAAAAAAAUCAAGGAUUUGGAGGAUUUAGUCGAGGCAUAUGAACAGCAAGAAGAGGAACAUGCUAAAGAUUUAGCAGAACUGAAUCAAACUCUCGACUUAUCUUUAGUGAAUCCUAACCAAGCUCAUGUAGAAUUACCGUCUUCACGUAACACUGGAGGUGCAAAUAUUAAACGUCUGGAACUAUUGAUAACAGUAGACACUAGUGGUGGCAGACGGUCAUUAUUAAGCGACAGUAAAACGGCGGCUAAAAUUAAAGAAAUGGAGAGUUUGAUGAAGAAAUUAGUCGUAGAAGCUCAGGCAUGGAAAGAAAGAGAAGCUGAUAUGAAGAAAUCCAUCAAAUCGUUUAUAGAAGAAAUGAGUAAAUGUAAGAAACGUGAAGCUGUAAACUUAAAGAAGAAGAAUGAAAUGGUUCAGCAUGUUCAGUUAUAUCAACAAGAAGUUCAAGAUCAAAAACAACUUAUAAAGGAUUUACAUCAGACCAUCACAAAAUGUUUAGAUAAAGAUCCUAAUGAUAAAACAGAUCAACUUCUUAAGGAACUUCAAACAGAAAUUGUUAAUCUACGAACAGAGAAGUUGACGUUAGAUACACAACUGCGACAGAAGACAGAAGAAAAUGAACAAUGUAAAGAACAAAUAGCAGAAAAAUCUAAGGAAAUGGAGAAAUAUCAAAGUGAAUUGGAUGAAUUGAAUAACGAGGUAAAAGACAUGAAAACUAAAGAAAAACGAAUGACUGAGACUUCAGCUGCAAAAUUAACAGCAGCUGAAAAUCUUAUUGAUGAAUUGAAGAAAGAAAGAUUAGAUCUAGAAAAACAAAUUCUUUAUCUUCGAUCAAAAACAGAAGAUCUUGAGAAAGAGGUGUCGGAUAAAAAUUCUAAAAUCAUGUCCUUGGAGGAAGCCAAAAUGGAAUCAAAGGUAGAACUGCAGAAAUUGUACGAUAGAAAUCGAGAACUCAGUGUCGAAAUGGAAUCCUUGCAGAGAGCUAAAACGAAACUUGAUUCGACUACUGAGAAAUUAGAAAAGGUCACGACUAGACAAGUGGAAGAUAAUAGAGAACGUGAGAAAUUAAACGAAAGAAUUCAAAAGUUAGAAAUGGAUAAAUCAGAAUUAGAGCAAAAGGUGAAUAAUCUACGAAUGGAGAAAUGUAAAGUGGACAAGAAAGUCGUUGAUUUACAGUGUGUCGAACAUGAAAAACAACGACUGGAACGAAAGUUGGACCGAUUAGAGAAAGAUAAAGAUAGUGCCGAGCGAAGGAACGAGAAAAUCGAUGAUCUUGAACGCGAGAAACAGAGAUUAGAACGAAAGGUCGAACGCUUAGAAAAUGAAACCCGUGAAAAGUCAACCACCAUUGAAAGACAAAGUAGCAUGCGUAGCACACUGGUAGAACGCUUACAAACGGAAAAGGCUGAACUUCAACGACAAGUGGAACGACUUGAGCGUGAAAAGGAGGAGGACAAAAAAGAAAUCAGACGAAAUACGGCGGUUGAUGAAAAGGGACUAAAAAGUACAACCCAGGAUUUGGAAACGAAAGUAAAAAGAUUAGAAAAAGUUGCUAGUGAUUUAGAAAGAGAACUGAAAAAUAGUAAGGAACAGAUUGUGGAACUUAGUAAGCUAAAAGACGGAAAAAGAACGCUUGAACUGAAGAUCGAGGACUUGAACUCGGAAAUUGCACGUUUAAAGAAGGAUCAUGAGAGAUCUGAUAGCAGUUCUAGAACGAUCGCUGAUCUUAGACAAGAAAAGAGAAAACUUGAAACCAAAGUGGAAGAGCUGGAAUCGAAUCAAAACAAACCAAAGCGAACUCCCUCCUUUUUAGUGAACAAAGACAAUCAGGUGUCCGAUCUUCAGGCUGAGAAACGUUAUUUGGAAUCCAAGAUUAACAAUUUACAGAAACAGAUUGAUCAGAAUGCAAAUAAUAAAACUAAAUUAGAAUCAAAAGAGAUCGAAACCUUAAAACGACAAAAGUCGGAUCUGGAAUCGAAAUACGACAAACUUGAUGCUGAACUAUCUAAAGUUAAAGCAGAACUUGAAGAAUUAGAAAAUGUGAAGCGUGAAAAUGGAAGACUGGAUGAAAGGGUGAAAAACCUUCAGAGUCAGUUAGAUAAAUUAUCCAGCAAGAAAACAGAAGAACAGGUGUCCGAUCUUCAGGCUGAGAAACGUUAUUUGGAAUCCAAAAUAAACAAUUUACAGAAACAGAUUAAUCAGAACGCAAACGAUAAAAUUAAAUUGGAAUCAAAAGAGAUUGAAACUUUAAAACGGCAAAAGUCGGAUCUGGAAUCGAAAUAUGACAAACUUGAUGCCGAACUAUCUAAUGUUAAAACAGAACUUGAAGCAUUAGGGAAUGUGAAACGUGAAAAUGGAAGACUGGAUGAAAGGGCGAAAAAUCUUCAAAGUCAGUUAGAUAAAUUAUCCAGUAAGAAAACAGAAGAACAGAAUGGCCUUAGACAAGUUACAGCAGAAAAACAAAAGGAAAAGUCCAAUUAUGAAAAGGCAAUGGCCGAAAUUAGGAAUGAGCUGAAUGAGUCAAAUUUAGCAUUGAGUGAGGCGAGAUCGUUGCUAUCAGCAACCAGACGACAGGAACAAGAGUUACGUGAUCGUGUAGCACAACUUCAGAAUAAAUUAGAUAACCAAGCCAUGGAGAAAGAAGUAAAAGUACAGGCUAGUAAUAAUGCUGAAGGUGAAAUGAAGAUUUUACAGUCGCAACAGGAUUUACUUCGACGACAGAACAAGAAUUGGGAAGAUAAAUAUAACAGUAUACAGAAGGAGAAGAGUGCUGUUAUCAUGGAACUUCAGACAUUACGAGAUCAGAUAAAAGCCAAACAACAUCAGUUUGAUUUAGAAGUCAAGAAAAGCCAAAAGUUAAAGGUUAUUUGUACGGAGUUAGAAGAACAGACCAAUGAUCUUGAGGCUCUUGUAGCCAAAUAUGAAGAACGGGAGAAAGAAUGGAACAUGAUCAAGAGUACAUAUGAGAGGGCUGUAGGUGAAAGGGAAAAUGAAUUAGUAGGUGCCAGUAAGGAAUUAGAUGCCAUUAGACAUUCUAGAUCUGCCGCUGGUGAAAAGAUGAAUACAUUAAAACAGAAACUGCAAGUAGAGAAAGCUGCUAGAAAAGCUGAAGUUGAAGAACUCAAUAAGAAAUAUCUAGAGGAAAAGGCUAAAGUCCAGAAAUUAGAAAAUAAGAGAGGAAUGGAGGAGAAUAUGAAGAGUAAAUAUGAACAGAUAUUAGAAACACAGAAGAGGAAUAUACAUGCUAUAGAUGAUGAUAAAAAUAAACUGAAAGAAGAGAUUUCCAGAGUAUUAACAGAAUGUCAGGAAUUACGUGUUAAAAAUCUUCAGUUAAAACAGAAUCUGGACCAGGCAGUGGAUAAAUUUGAACUGAUAUUUGGUCAGAAAAUUGAUUUAGAAAACUUUACGGAAGCUUUGCAGGGUUUACAUUUCCUCGAGAAAUAUAAAUUUGAAAGUCAGAUCGGACAACAGAUGAAAUUAAUCGACUAUUUACAAGAACUCUGGCUAGAAAACGUCAAUAAAAAGAAAAAGUCUGGUAAAUGGUUUGGAAGUUUGAAAGGUAAAGAUGCUGCUAUGGCAGGACUACCAUUACCCUUAACGGACAUCCAGUUGGCGUUAGAUCAAGAAAGACGUAAAUGUGCAACACUGACGGAACAACUGGACCGAUUACGACAGGAGUUAUACCAGAAAGAAAGUGAAUUGUUACGACAGCAGGGUUAUAAUAGAGACCGAAUGAAUCACGAUGAACCUAUCACACCAGUACCCAUGUCAACGCCUAAAAUAACCCCUAGAAUAAACUCAACUCCUUUACAAAGAUCUCCUAAACGACAGACAAGUUCUUCGUCACUCAUCGUAGAAACAACAACAACAACCUACGUUAUGCCACAGCAGGCACGACAGCCUUCCAUUAAACGGAUGCAUCAUAACAUUCCCCAUCGCUUUGUCACUGGUCUCAAUACGCGAGCUACUAAAUGUGCCGUCUGCUUGGGUAGCGUGUAUUUUGUAAAUCAAGCAGCAAAAUGUCAAGAAUGUAACUUAGUGUGUCAUCCUAAAUGUGUGACGUCAGUGCCAGCAUCAUGUGGUCUACCGACGGAGUAUGUACAACAUUUUACGGACAUGAUGAAUAAAGUAAAUAAUGAUGAAGGUGUAGAGUCAUCUACAGAUGAUGAUGAUAUUGCUAUUAAGAUGGAAGGAUGGUUGAAAGUUCCAAGGACUGGUAAGACAGGUUGGGAGAAGAGAUGGGGACAGUUAGAAGGAACAUUAUUAAUGUUAUAUCGUGAAGAUACUGAUGCUAAUCCUGUUGAUACGUUUGAAUUAAAUCCUGUGGAUGGAUAUGUUACUAUACACAGUGCUGUCACUUACUCCGAGCUGUCCGGAACAGCGAGUUCAGAUUUACCUUUUGUUAUGAGAUUAGACCAGGAUCCGUUAACCACCUGCUGGCCUGGACGAAUGUUGUAUAUUAUGACGACAAACUUCAGUGAUAAACAAAGAUGGGUGGCGUCACUAGAGGCAGCCAUGAAAUCGGCACAGAGAGGAGAAAUAUUCAGAAGAAAUAGAUUACAGAUUAACACUGUAUUAACUAUGAAUUGUUCCAACAGAAAAGAGUUCAACUGUUCAUUAGUUCUCUCAAAAGAGUUGGUGUUAUUAGGAUCAGAAGAAGGUUUAUAUGCGUUAAAUGUACAAGAUAAGAACUGUCAGUUAAUACAGUUAACAGGUAUUAAUAGUAUACAUCAUAUGGUUGCUGCUUCUGGUCUUGGUAUGGUACUCAUGAUCUCAGGCCAAGAUCGUCGUGUUAUUAUGGUAGAAAAGAAGUUAAUAAAGUGUCGAGUAUCCCAGGCAACUGGCCCUGAAACUAUACCAGUACCGUUUAAAGGUAUAGAUGGAAUACAGAGUUGUACAGUGUUUGAUGUGGGUAUGUGGGAAGAUGCCACAUAUCUUUGUGUUGGUAUGCCAGAUAAAGUUAUCCUAAUGAAGUUUAAUUCAAGUCUUGGCAUGUUCUGUAUAAGAAAGGAGUUUUCAUCCAGUGAACCAUGUAGUUGUGUUUGUAUAACAGAGAAUAUGGCAUUAGUUGGGACAGAGAAAUUUUACUCUAUUAAUAUGGAACAUCCUAAUUAUAUGUUAGAUUUUGUUGAUCGUCAGGACAGUACUUUAGCGUUUGCUGCGUUUGGUGCUGCUAUACAUCAUAGUUAUCCUCUAGCUGUUGUCCUCGUCUCACCCGCUGGUUUACCACUAGAAUAUCUACUCUGUUUCCAUGAAAUUGGUGUAUUUGUCAACAAAAAAGGUCAGAGAAGUCGACAACAGGAUGUCAAAUGGAGUGGUCUUCCCUUAGCUUUUGCUUACAGAGAACCAUUCCUGUAUAUAACAUAUUUUAACUCUAUACAUGCAACAGUUAUACCAGCAAGUAAAAAUCUCAUCAAGGGUCGACAGACAUUAAUUGAUGUGCACAAUCCCCGCUAUCUAGGUGGGGCUGUAUCAUCUGGGUCUGUUUAUGUAACAGCUGUAAAUAAUGGAGCAACAGAGAUACUGUGUAUACGUGGACAGGAAGAUUUUAAUGAUAUCACCACUAGUGACAGCGAUAAAGAAAAUACCAAAGGCAGUAUGAGGCAGACAGAUAAAUUACAAGUCAGAUUUCGACAGAGUCCGAUUAAACAUGAAUACAGACGUCGGCCAUCUUUAACAUCAUUAGACAGUAAUAGCAGCCAAUCAACAUAUUCUAGCACUGCUGAUUCAUCAGAUUUAUGAUCCCAUUUGUAAAAAAACCUUUAAAUCGUCAACCUCAUUGAAAAGCAUCAUCAGGCUUUCAAACUGAAAAUAACCGUAUCCAAAGAUAAAUUUGAGAGACCAGUGAUCGUUAAUUUUUAGUUUCAUCAUCAUCAAAUUAUCUAAGGUGCUUAUAUAUGUGGAUUAACUUAAUGUGUUACUCAACUCGUCAAUAUUAGGUUAUCGUGAUUUUUCUGAGUAUAAAUUAAUUUUAUUAGGUAGGUAGGUGUGUAAAUAAAAUACAAAUAUUGGUGCUAAACAUAUUAAAGUUGCAUUUUUUUUAAAGCGACCAACUAACUCAUCCCCUUUUUUCUUGUGUAAUAUUAAUACUCUUGACGAUUGCAUCCCAGAGUAGAGACUAUCAUUUCUUGCUGGGCGCCGUUUCUUGAAAUCUUAACUAAAGAUAAAAUAAAAUUCAAUUUUAGUAGAUACUUCAAUUUUGAUUGGCGAAGCACUAUAAUCAAUCUAAUAUUAUCCAAUCAAAUUACUAAAAUUUGGAUUUUAUCUCAGUUAAAAUUUCGUGAAACAGGCCCCAGGUGUUUUCUGCUAAAUAAAGAGAGAACUUUAAAAAAUGAACAAUUUUUUUUAUUAAUAUUGUACGUAUACACAGUCUAAUAAUGCUAUUGGAUGACUUUUGGCAGAAAACUACACAGUGGAAGUCUUUUCAAUCCAUGUAACAUUUAAAUAACAAGUAUUCAGCAUUCGCCCUGAGUUAACUGUUCCGAGAUUGUCAACUAUUUGUGUAGCAAAUUUCAUUUAUCUAAUUAAUCCAUAAGUGUGAAGAGGUGGUUAUAUAACGGCCUGGACAACUGCCACUCACUGUGUGUAGGGCGUAAUAUAACGCCUUGGAGGUAUUUUCCCCAACCUAUUCUUAGAACAUAGUUCCCCCAUGAUUGCAGCAAGUGUGGGACGUUAUAUUACGACCUGGCAUAUAACACAUCAUUUCAUUUGUUUUAUUAUAGUAUAUAUGUGUGGAUAAAUGGUUGAAAGCGAGACAUUAUGUAAUAUAUUGAAAAUGCACGAGGACCUUUGUCCGAGGUUUAUAUCAAUAUAUUAACAAAUGUCUUGCUCAAGGCCAUAAAGCGACUUAAAAAAUAUAGAUAGUAUCCUGCAUGUGCAUUUCAAUGAAUUUUUUCAACUAGUAUAAAAUAAUGUACAGUUAGCAUGUUGCCUGUACCAUUAUUUCAAAUAGCGGUACGUCACAUCUGUAUUUUAAUUACUAAUAAUGUACUUUAUACCCGCCAGGCCAUAAUAAUAAUUUAUCUAUAUUUAAUAGUAAGAUAUGUGUUAUAAUAACUAUUGUAAAAUGCACAUGGUUGACAUUUUAGUAUUUACUCACAUUUAUUAGAUCCAGCAUCAAAUUAUGUACAUAUGUAUUUUGUAAUACUUAAAAUAAAAUAAAAAUAUUUAAUGGAUAUUGAAUUUCAUUCAUAAGCUAGUGAAAUACGCAAUCUCGCUCCCAGAGAUAGCUUUACCCUUCGUUCAUCUCUGGUAAAACUUACAGGCCAUACGUCGGCCAUUUUAAAUGUCACGUGAUGUAUCUUUCCGUCAGUCGCUACACAAAGAUCCAAAGUGCCGGUUUAAGAAAUUUCACGUAUUUUGACAAAUCACUCACAUUGUUCACUAAAAAUAGUUCCUUGUAAAUCAUCAAAUCGGCUGUUUUCGAAUGAAAUUUUGAUGUCAAGAUGUGAAAAAUGAUCCAAGGAUGAUUAAUAUUUAAUCAAUGCUUAAUUGUCAAGAAAUCAGCAGCAUUUCAUUCUAACAAAUCCUGCCAAUCAGUAGCCAAUGGGGGCAGAGCUUAGAAACCGAUUUCAUGCUGAUUAAUGGCCUGCGAGUUUUACCAGAUAUAAACGACGGGUAAAGUUAUCUCUGAGAUCGAGAUUGUGAAAUGUUUGACAUUCAGGACCAGAAUAAGACAAAGUCUCGGUGGGUUAUCAGUAGUUAUAACAUGGACGGGAAAUCUUCCUUUGUUCUUUUCGUUAAAUAAGCAGAUUGUUUUCCCUCUAGUAGAUUGGGUGGAGCUUAACCGUGCAAUAACUAGACAUGUUCAAUGUUAUUGCACACUUUUGCUGGUUUACACUAGUUUUAGUAGAAAUCAUAUAGAGAAGUGGGCUGGGUUUUCUGUGCAAUAACAUCAAGCAUAUUGAGCAGGUGUCAAUGUUAAAAGUCAUUUAUAGCACGUUUCAUUCGUUAACAGGUUUAACAUCUCGGCCUACGGUUAAACCUGUUAACUCAUGAAAGCCGUGCUAUAAAUAUAACUUAUAUCAUGUACCUUUGCUACGAUAAUGAAUGAUCU